UGGAUUGUCGAGAAGUCAAGGCUAUCACCACCCCAGUUCAAGUGUUUCUGCCAACACUGCGAUGUCUGCCCCUCUGGAUUAGAUAGUGGAUAAUUUCCCCCGCCCACCUUUCUCCGACCGCCUGGUCGUGCACCAUAUUUUCCCCGCGCGCUGCAUUGAAGACGACGGCUGUUUAAAUCCCCGUCGCCAUGGCACAAGGAUCUCUGGUCGAGGGUUUAUUGACCCUCUGGCACGCUUACCGUGUGCCCAUCCUCGUGAUCCUCUUUACUGCCCUCCUCGUCUCGCGCACAAUUGGUAUCACCGGGUCGAAGUCAAAGGCCGCUUCUGCCUUUUCGAACCCCACCUCUCCCCGCAGCCACUCCCCCGAGAAGAGCGAAAAGGCGCAACUUGACGAUGCGCGCGACCGCCCCGCCCCCACCCCCGCCGACCCCCCCAAGACGGCAGCUGCAGGCCCAAAGAGAGUGUCGGGAAAGAAACCGGCCAAGGUUGCUGGUCGACGUGCUGGAGCAGAGCCGGCGCCGCAGAUGUCUGCCAUCCAGCCCAUCGUCUUCUUCGCCUCGCUGACCGGGACUACGGAACAAUACGCCAAGGUUUUGAUGGAGGAGCUGACGACUGCAGCCAAAGACCAAGCCGACGCGGAGAACCCCGAACGUGGUAUUCUGCCUCCUCAGCUUCAGGACAUCUCGUACCUGGAUUUUGACGACUUCUUCACCACCGCCCCAAAGCCUCCGCCGAACUCGCCUGGGACGCGUUAUUUGUACUGCCUAUUGAUCCCCACCUACAAUAUUGACACGGUCCUUACCACAUUCCUUGGUCACCUGGAUGAGACCCACAAUGACUUCCGCAUCGACACUGGAUCCCUGUCGACGCUCGCCGGGUACACUGUUUUUGGAUUCGGAGACAAGGAAGGGUGGCCGACGGAGGAUGAAGGCUUCUGUUCCCAAGCCAAGGAACUAGAUCGAUGGAUGGCGAAGCUCACGGGCCGCAAAAGGGCCUACCCUCUUGGAUUUGGCGACGUGAAGAGUGACGGCGAAGCGGCUUUGAAGGAAUGGUCCCGUGGACUGCAGGAUAUCAUGCGGGACAUUUUGGACUACGGCGGCUUGGGCGAAGGCGUUCCCGGGAGUGGAGAUGCGCUCGAGAGUGACGAAGAGGAUGUGGACGACGAAGAGUCUGGCAAGACCAAUAAGAAUGGUCGGAAGAGGGGCAAGCCUCAAGCGGUGGUUGAUCUGGAGGACAUCAAGAUGGGCGCUGGUGAUUCUGGCGCAGCUGCUCCCAUCCCGGUUGACUUCACCACCGGAGGGCAAUCUGCACCCCCCACCCAAUCGACCGAGAAAGAAAUGGUCCCGAAAACAUCGCCUACUUACGCUUCCCUCACCAAGCAGGGAUACACCAUCGUCGGCUCUCACUCUGGCGUGAAGAUUUGUCGCUGGACCAAGUCGGCGCUGCGUGGUCGGGGCUCCUGCUACAAAUACUCGUUUUACGGUAUCCGGUCGCAUUUGUGUAUGGAAGCCACCCCGUCGCUUUCCUGCAGCAACAAAUGCAUUUUCUGCUGGCGACAUGGCACGAACCCCGUCGGUACCACAUGGCGUUGGAAGGUGGAUUCUCCGGAGCUGAUUUUCGAUGGCGUCAAGGAUGGCCAUUACAAGAAGAUCAAGAUGCUGCGCGGCGUUCCGGGUGUGCGCGCAGAGCGAUUCGCCGAGGCCAUGCGCAUCCGGCACUGUGCUCUGAGUUUAGUCGGAGAACCCAUCUUCUACCCCUACAUCAACGGAUUCUUGGACCUGUUGCACGCGGAGCAUAUAUCGAGCUUCCUGGUGUGCAACGCCCAGCAUCCCGACCAGCUGGAAACAUUGCACCGGGUGACUCAGUUGUACGUGUCUAUCGACGCGAGCAACAAGGAGAGUCUCCGCAAGAUUGAUCGUCCUCUCCAUCGCGACUUCUGGGAACGCUUCCAACGCUGCUUGGAAAUCCUCCGCGAAAAGCGUCAUGUCCAGCGCACAGUGUUCCGCCUCACCCUCGUCAAAGGAUUCAACGUGGACGACGAAGUCAACGGCUACGCAGAUCUGGUCGAAAAGGCCCUGCCAUGCUUCGUGGAAGUCAAGGGCGUAACGUACUGCGGCACGAGCUCCAGUGCCGGUGCCGGACUGACCAUGAAAAACGUCCCGUUCUACGAAGAGAUCGCCGAAUUUGUGGUCGCCUUAAACAAGGAGCUGGAGCGCCGCGGUCUCGACUACGGCAUUGCGGCCGAGCACGCGCACAGCUGUUGUGUGCUGCUCGCGUCCGAGCGAUUCCACGUCGACGGGAAGUGGCAUUCGCGGAUCGACUAUCAACGAUUCUUCGAGCUUCUGGAGAAGGAAAAGGCCGACGGUACCUCUUUCCGCCCUGAAGACUACAUGAGAGAGACGGAGGAAUGGGCCAUGUGGGGCAAUGGAGGCUUCGACCCGAAUGACGAGCGCUUCUACCGGAAGGGCAAGAAGAAGGCUCUUGAGGCUGCUGCGACGGAAGUUGCGACGGAAGCUGCGACGGAAUUCUAGAUAUAUACUCCACUGCCCGAUAUGAGCCAGCGCAGACAUGCAUCUGCAAUUUGGCCCAGCGCCAGAGCUUGAUACUUCCAACAUACAAGUAUCUAUUCCGGGAGCGAUAUAAUCAAGUCCCACCUGAACACAGCAUCUCUCUGGUUUGCCCAGAAAAACAGGAAAACAUAUGUGGAGAUCGUACCAGGUGCUAGACUACCCCGUGUCAAGUGUUGACUUGCCUUGCGUGGCGAACCUCACAAACUCCGAUUCCAGUCCUGAUACUAGAUAAAAGUUACACGUGCUUGGUUAGUACAUACAUGAGAUUAGCAAUGCGAAACGAAGCUGAAUGUAC